AUGGUCGGGAUAAGCCCCGAAGUCAUGUGCCAUAGGCUCAACAUCGACCCCACAUUCAAGCCGGUCAGACAGAAACGCAGGCGUUUGGGCCCGGAUCGAGUCAAGGCGGUCCAAGACGAAGUCGAACGACUACUCAAGGCAGAUCAAAUAGUGGAAGUCCAGUACCCUGAUUGGUUGGCUAACCCGGUGGUGGUCAAAAAGAAAAACGGCAAGUGGAGAGUCUGCGUGGACUUCACCGAUCUCAACAAAGCAUGUCCUAAGGACAGCUUCCCUCUGCCACACGUAGACCGUCUCGUCGAAGCUACGGCCGGCAACCAACUGCUUUCAUUUAUGGAUGCAUUCUCAGGGUACAACCAGAUCGCCAUGAGUCCGGCCGACCGCGAGAAAACGGCGUUCAUCACAGAUAGGGGCACCUACUGCUACAAGGUGAUGCCGUUCGGAUUGAAAAACGCUGGAGCAACCUACCAGCGAUUGGUAAACAUGAUGUUCGCAGACCUGCUCGGCAAAACUAUGGAGGUCUAUAUAGACGAUAUGCUGGUCAAGUCUUUGAUCGCAGAACAGCACGUCCAACAUCUGACGGAGUGUUUUGACAUCUUGGAUCAAUUCGAAAUGAAAUUAAACCCAACGAAAUGUACGUUCGGAGUAACCUCCGGAGAGUUCUUGGGGUACAUCGUCACUGAACGAGGAAUAGAGGCGAAUCCUAAACAGAUUGAAGCCAUCCUGGGACUACCCUCACCGACCAACAAGCGAGAAGUACAACGCCUGACUGACCGGAUCGCCGCUCUGAAUCGUUUCAUCGCCCGAUCAACGGACAAGUGCCUCCCCUUUUACCAAUUGCUUCGCGGAAAUAAAGAUUUUCAUUGGGACGAGGAAUGUGAGGUCGCCUUUCGUCAGCUAAAGGAGUAUCUGACUUGCCAUUCAGUGUUAGUCAAACCGGAGGACGGCGAGGCGUUGUACCUCUACAUCUCGGUUUCAAGCUCGGCAGUCAGUGGGGUGUUAGUCCGAGACGAUCGCGGAGAUCAAAAGCCCAUCUUCUAUACGAGCAAAGCACUUAACGACGCGGAAUCACGAUACCCCACGCUGGAAAAACUGGCCCUUGCGGUGAUCAUCGCUGCACGGAAACUACGCCCCUAUUUUCAGUCGCACUCUAUCGUCGUGCUUACUGACCAACCACUCCGAACCGUCCUCCAUAGCCCUCUCCAAUCCGGACGCAUGGCGAAGUGGGCAGUCGAACUUAGCGAAUACGAUAUCGAAUACCGUUCUCGACCAAGUCUGAAGUCGCAAGUUCUGGUUGACUUCAUCACCGAACUAUCGCCUGAGCUCGACGACCCCACCCCCGCGGUGGAACAAUGGACAAUGUUCGUCGACGGUUCGUCAACAAGUCACGGAUCUGGGGUGGGACUCAUCCUCCGAUCCCCCACCGGUGAGAUCCUUGAGCAAGCAUUGAAGCUCAACUUCAAAGCGUCGAACAACGAAACCAAAUACGAGGCCGUUCUCGCGGGACUCCGUUUAGCCCGGGGACUCGGAGUCAAACACCUGCAGGUCUACUGCGACUCCCAACUCGUAGUCAGCCAAUUCAGUGGAGAAUUCGACGCCAAAAACAAACGAAUGGGAGCAUAUCAACAGUUGGUCCGCACGUUAUCCGGGGAGUUUGCGUCUUUCUCUCUGACAAAGAUCCCACGGAACGAGAAUGCAUCAGCGGACGCCCUCGCAGCCCUGGCAAACCGCUCUGACCCCGAGCUACGACGUACCAUUCCAAUUGAGUGCAUCGAUGCUCCCAGCAUUGAUCCGGACAGCCAGAUUGCCGUCAUCAACGACGACUCAGUCCCGAUGGAAGUCGAUGAGCCAAUAGAAGAUAUGACGGACGUCGCCAAACCUCCGGAGGAUUGGCAACUUGAGAUCAAACUUUACAUCUCCGAUGCUGAAGCCACGAAUAAGUCGAUCGUCGACGAACUCAAGAAACGACUCGGUCGAAGGAAGGGAGCAUGGGCAGACCACUUGGACGGUGUACUAUGGUCAUAUCGCACAACCCCGCGGCGAAGCACAGGACAGUCCCCCUUCUCUCUCGCAUAUGGUCUCGAAGCACUUGCCCCGGCCGAAGCAGGAGUCCGGACACUUCGCUGUACUAUGAUGGUUGAUAAUCCCGAACUCAAUGACAAAAUUCUGAUCGACCACAACGACCUUGCCGAGGAGUUGCGCGAUAAAGCUUUAGUUCGAGUGCAACAUUACCAAGACGCAACAGCUCGAUACUAUAAUAAGACUGUUUGUCAGCGACGUUUCAACGAGGGCGAUCUAGUUCUGAGAGAAGUUUUCGAGAACACCAAGGAAGUGAACGCCGGUAAGCUCGGCGCUCGAUGGGAGGGUCCAUACCUCAUGUCUAGAGCGGUUCGUCCAGGAGUUUACGAACUCGUAACCAUGGCCGGGGAACAGAUCAAAAACUCGUGGAACGCAGCCCACUUGAAACGUUAUUACAGCUAA